GAUUGGGCACGCAAUCUCAACACUCCAAUUGAUCUUGUGUUUUCUGACGAAAAUAGCCCUAACAAUCCAACGGAUUAAGAAUACAAAAGACAAAAUGAGUGCAAACGCCCCCAGAUACGUAUACAAGCUUGUCCCAUCGACCGCACCCAUUCCCGAGACUUUACCGGACCAACUGCCUGUCAGCGAUCUGGAUCAACGAUCGGGAUUCGUUCAUCUCUCCUCAGCAACCCAGAUCCCCAAUACGCUCAAGUUCUUCUUCAAAAACGAGCCCCUCGUUUACGUGCUCCGGAUUGUGUAUGACAAAGUAGAGAAAGAUAUUCGGUGGGAAAGCCCCGAUGCUACGGUAUGCGGGCCACGGGGAGGCGAAGGAAUGUUUCCGCACCUCUACAAUGGCCUUAAGCUCGGCAAAGAUGAGAUCGAGAGCGUGGCUACAUGGAAGAACGUAGAUGGCUGGGAUGAUGCAUUGCAGAACGCAGGAUCUUGGCUUAUUUAUUAGAGAAACGUUCGAUUUGUUAAUUUUGAUUGAUGUCAGCAACCCUGAGUAUUUUGAAGUGAUUAAUGAUAGAGUGGAAUAUACAUGCUUUCCCUAUUUCUAGCAAAA